UUCUCUUUCUUCUCUAUCUGGCAAAGCACACAAGCUUCUUUUCAUUUGUUUUAUUAUACAAUGUGGUCCUCAUAAUUUUUAUUUUUAUUUAUUUAGUUUUUUUUUGUAGUUUUUUUUUUUUGCCUAUCAUUUGAUCUCAUUUAUUUUUUAUAUUAAAGUUAGUCCUCAUUUGAUUUUUAUUUAUUUUGUUUUUUAUUUUUUGUAGGUUAGUUUUUUUUCUUUAAUUUCAUCCCUCAUAAUUUAAUUUAAUUUAGUUUUUAUUUUAAAUUUAAUCAUUAUUUUUUAAUUUAUAUUUAUCUUAUUUUUUCCAUUCUUUUAAUGCGCACACACCCCUCACAUAUAUAUGCUAUAAGCGAUUGCUUACAUGCGCGUGUAAAAUCCUUCUUAUUCAUUUUGCACUUUCAAAAGAAAUCUGUGGGCAUGUGAGAUGGUGAAUGGUUUCGGGUUGUCAUCUUCAAGCCCAUAUACGUAGCAAGUCCUGUUCUAUUGGCCUUGCCUCCAUCAAUGGCUCUGGCCUAGAUAUCUACACCUUCAAUUUACAGCAAACAACAAUCCAUGGAGGUAGUUGAGAAAAUUAAACUUCCAAGAAUCCAAAAUUUUGACUUCAUCCCUAUUGGAUGAAAACUGCAUCACCUAAAGCAAAUGGACAUGCAUAGAACUUACAUCACCUUCAAAUUGUACUAUAAAAGGACAGAGGUUCAACACUUCUGAUACACACACACAACUUCUACUACUCUCUUCCUUCCAAUAGGGCCAAUCAUGAUACUCUGUACUCUCUUCUUCAUUAUUUUCUGCCUUUGUAAGUUGGUUUUCCUGAAAAGAGAAUCCUGUUGCUACAUGCUGGCUUACGAGUGCUAUAAAGCUCCAGAGGAUAGGAAGCUUGACACAGAAACUAGUGCAAAAAUCGUCUUCAGAAAUAAGAACCUGGGAAUAGAAGAAUACAAGUUUCUAUUACAAACUAUUGUUAAUUCUGGCAUUGGUGAAGGAACGUAUGUCCCUAGAAACAUUAUCUCAGGCCAGGAAGAUUCCUCAACUCUCAAAGUUUCCAUUACGGAAAUGGAUGAUCUCAUCUUUGACACACUCGACAAGCUCUUUGCCAAAACAGGAAUUUCUCCAUCAGAAAUUGACAUACUUGUUGUCAAUGUUUCUUUGUUCUCUCCUGCACCUUCUCUAGCAGCUCGCGUUGUUAAUCGUUACAAGAUGAGAUCAGACGUUAAGACUUUCAACCUCUCUGGAAUGGGAUGCAGUGCAAGCGUUGUAUCCAUUGAUCUUGUGCAGCACUUGUUCAAGUCAUACAAAAAUGCAUUCGCUGUUGUUGUGAGUACAGAAUCGAUAGGUCCAAAUUGGUACCAAGGCAAAGAAAAAUCCAUGAUGCUCUCAAACUGUCUGUUCCGUUCAGGAGGUUGCUCGAUGCUCUUCACAAACAACAGCGCUUUAAAACGUCAAGCCAUCUUCAGAUUGAAACAUCUUGUACGAACGCAUCUUGGCUCAAAAGACGAAUCCUAUGGAUGCUGCACACAAACAGUAGAUGACCUUGGCUAUAAAGGUUUUCUCCUUACUAAAAGCCUUAAAAAAUCUGCUGCUCAGGCUCUUGCUUUGAAUCUCCGUGUCUUAGCACCUAAACUGUUACCAGUAAGUGAACUAAUUCGCUAUGUUUAUGUAUCUCUUCGAGAAAAGAAAACCAAAAGCACCAGUAUUCAAGAAAUGGGAGCAGGUUUGAAUCUGAAGACUGGAGUAGACCAUCUCUGUAUACACCCGGGUGGAAGGGCAAUUAUUGAUGAGGUUGGGAAAAGUUUAGGCCUUAGUAAUUAUGAUCUUGAGCCAACUAGAAUGGCACUUCAUCGAUUUGGCAAUACAUCAGCUGGUGGCCUUUGGUAUGUUUUAGCCUACAUGGAGGCCAAGCAGAGGCUUAAGAAAGGUAAUAAAAUACUAAUGAUCAGUCUCGGUGCAGGUUUCAAGUGCAACAACUGUGUGUGGGAGGUAAUGAGGGACCUGGAGGAUGUCAACGUUUGGAAAGACAGUAUAGACCAAUAUCCUCCAGAAACCACAGUCAAUCCAUUCAUCGAAAAGUAUAGUUGGAUCAAUGAAGAAUAUCUCAGCUUUGUUAGAUUUCACUAGAUGCUAGUCCUGCCCAGAUCUUUCCUUCUUUUGAACCAUCCUGGCAUGAUUUCUAUGUUUCUUUUCUUUAUGAUUUUGAGCAACAGUCGGUAUCAGAAUAUCCUUUGUUUCUUUUAAUACUGAACUGUAGCAGUUGGUGUGAAAGAUUAAUGUAUCUUAGUAUCUCAAUGCCCACAUUCGGUGCGGCAUCAAAUUUCUAGUUAUUUCUGCAUGGACUUGGUGUUUUUUAUUGCAAACUCUCUCUGAAUUUCUAUUA